AUGCUCAGUUCCCGCCCUGUUCUCCGCCAGAUUGCGGAGAAAGAGUUCAUCCCCAGACUUCGACCAGGGCGAUGUCUCUGCACGAUUGCAGGACAGAGAAGAGUAACACCAUCCAGAAAACAUGUGUUUAACAAAACCGCCGUCGUGCGCAGCUCGUCAAGACCAGUCUCGAAUUAUACUUUCCCACACCAUGCAAACGCCAUCUCCGUCCUGCCUACUGCCGUCGAUCCCGAGUCAACCGACUUUAAAGAAAAUGCGGCACAAAUGAACGAACUGCUGGAGCAUAUGACGCAGUUACAUGACAAAAUAGCACAAGGUGGCUCCGAAAAGGCGCGAGAAAAGCAUAUAUCUCGAGGGAAGAUGCUACCCCGAGACCGAGUUACGUCUCUAAUUGACCCUGGAACAUCCUUCUUGGAGCUAUCACCCCUCGCGGGUCACGAAGUAUAUCCCGGCGAAGAUGUCCCAGGUGGAGGUAUAAUCACAGGCAUUGGCACAGUCGAAGGCGUUACAUGCAUGAUCGUCGCUAAUGACAGCACCGUCAAGGGUGGAACAUAUUACCCCAUUACAGUUAAGAAGCAUCUCCGCGCACAAGCAGUCGCACAAGAAAACAAACUUCCCUGUAUCUACCUUGUUGAUUCCGGUGGUGCCAAUUUMCCCCAUCAAGCCGAUGUCUUUCCCGAUAAAGACCAUUUUGGCCGCAUCUUCUUCAAUCAAGCACGCAUGAGCUCGUUAGGCAUACCGCAAAUUGCAGUGGUAAUGGGACCUUGUACUGCUGGAGGCGCCUACGUCCCUGCUAUGAGCGACGAGACCAUCAUCGUCGAGAACCAAGGAACGAUCUUCCUCGCGGGUCCUCCAUUAGUCAAAGCAGCAACUGGCGAAGUCGUCUCCGCCGAAGAUCUAGGCGGCGGCCAUCUACACAGCACCAUCUCAGGCGUAACAGACUACCUCGCCGUCGACGAUGCGCACGCCCUCAUCCUCGCGCGCCGCUCAAUCAGCAACCUCAACUACCCUAAAACCAGCAUCCCUCUUACGGGGCUAUCAAAGGAUACAGACAUCAAAGAACCCCUCUACAACCCUGAAGAAUUAAACGGUAUCGUCGGCACAAACCUCCGCCGACAAAUCCCCGUGCACGAAGUCAUUGCACGUAUCGUCGACGGCAGCGAAUUCGCCGAAUUCAAGCGCGACUACGGCAGUACGCUCGUCACAGGCUUUGCGCGCAUAUACGGAACGCAAGUCGGUAUCGUAGCCAACAAUGGAAUUUUAUUCUCCGAGUCAUCCCUCAAGGGAGCUCAUUUCAUUGAGCUAUGUGCCCAACGUCGCAUCCCACUUGUCUUUCUUCAAAACAUUUCGGGCUUUAUGGUUGGCGCCGAUGCGGAGAAGGGCGGAAUCGCGAAGAAUGGCGCAAAGCUUGUGACGGCUGUUGCAUGUGCUGAUGUACCCAAGUUCACGGUUGUGUUUGGCUCGAGUGCCGGUGCUGGGAAUUACGGCAUGUGUGGCCGCGCCUACUCCCCCAGACUAAUGUUCAUGUGGCCCAACUCCAAAAUCGGCGUCAUGGGCUCCGAACAACUCUCAUCAGUCAUGGAAGCCGUCGGCCGCACGGCGGACCCUGAACUCAAGUCACGAAUCGACCAGGAAUCAACAGCGAUAUUCUCCUCUGCGCGCUUAUGGGACGAUGGCGUUAUACCGCCCGCGCACACGAGACGAUAUCUUGGGAUGGGACUGAUGGCUGCUGUGGGCGGAAGGAAUAAGGUUGAUGAGACCGAGACGAAGUUUGGUGUUUUCAGAAUGUAA